CGAAACCUUCCAGCAUGCGUGGUUGCAUUGGCAACCAUAACAAGGUCGAUCAAAAAAAGCAGGGCAAACAGAGCUCAGAUACCCAAUAUCGAUAACCAAUCCAUUCUAUCUAUCUAUCUAUUGUGCUCAGCCAUGAAGACGACAAGUCGAAAGAGCAGCGAAGCUCUGAACACGAUGGCCAUGGCAGCCCCUCCAGGAAGUGCUAGUAAGACACGUCCUGAUCCUCCCGGUCGGAUCAAGAAUUGGUCUAUUAGCAGAACAGCCAGCGACAUUGGCAAUAGUGCCUCCAAGAUGCCUCGCUCUCUGUUUGUCUCGGUGGUUAUUUUGGCAGCCGUCAUUUCCAAUUUGACCUUUUCCGCCUUUACCAGUACCAAGAAAUCCAACUUCAUUUUUGCCACUGAAAUAGAUCGAGCUCUGCAACUCAGGGGGAAUAAUAGCACUCCCACGCCCGCACCCGUCUCGUUGACCCAAGUCAUGACCAUGGACGAUGUGGAAAUUGACGAAGGUGAAGACGACGACACUCCCGUGAAACUGCAACUGACGGCACAACUCGUGGCAGAAGUUACAAAACCACCAGCCAAGGAACAAACCAAACCACACGCGGCCAAAUCGCUGGCUGCUUCUACCACCAGCAGCAAAAACAAGAAGACACAACAGACGACAAUUCAUGAUAUCAACAAGGAGGCUCCCUACGCGCAUCUCAAAGAUGGUGCCUUUAUUCAUCUUGGAAAAACGGGGGGUUCCACUCUAGCCGGUCUCCUCCGCGAUGGCUGUCAUUCUUUUUUGCCUCACCCCUGUGAGAAUCAUCCCAUUAUUGAUAGCGACCAGGAAACACAGGCAUCGCUCAAAACACCACACUAUUAUCACAUUCCCGAUUUCAUCAUGUUACCCUUUCAUCCCGUACGAGAAUUCUACAUUGUCACACUCCGGGAUCCUUUGGAGCGUACCAAAUCCGCCUUUGUCUACAGUCAUCCCAAAAAUGAUAAAACGCUCAAACUCCACGAUCGAGGCUGGCAACGCGUCCUCAAAAUGAACAAGUGGGACAUGGACAAGGUCAUGCAGUGUUUUCCCACUCUAGAGCAAUUUGUGCAAAACAUUGGAGAUGGCAAUGCCUAUCGGAAUUUCGAAUACCCCUGGUUGCCCAAACAACGCAUGAUCCUGUUUCAAGACAAUUGCACCAAUUUUGCCAGGGCCGCCAUGAACCACCGGAUCAAACCCAUGGUACACCUCGAGUGGAAUUUAGAGCAUAUUUACGAAAGCAUGAAUGCCGCAUGGAACCAGACGGUCAUUUUUGCCACACGACAAGAACACAUGGCACAAGAUUGGCAAUCCCUCAAUCACAUGUUGGGAGAAACCAAGGAUACCACAAAGUUUUGGCCCGAAAAGAAAGUACGAGAUGUCUCCAAAGUACAACUCCCCGUGCCAAACGAAUUGAGUGAAGAGGGGCGUGUCCAGCUCUGUCGGGCAUUGCGUGGCGAGUAUCAACGAUAUGUGGAAUACCUCUUUGCAUCGGUCAAUCUGUCACCACAAGACCGACAAGACAGCCUCGAGUUCGCGAAAAAGAGCUGUGGGGAUCAACUCGACUUUUUGAAUGCAAAAGAUCCACUGGCGGCCGUACUCGCCAAUCCGGACCAUACCCCACAGCCGGAAGCAACAGUACCCAAAGGGUCGCAUCUGCCAAACAAGGCCAAAGCCACCGCAACCGUCAAGAAAUCUGCUUACACGAUGCCGACGGGUUCUCCCAGCACGGCAUUAUCCAGCAGCAAGCAUGCGGAACCGAACGAGAGUGCCGCCUAUGCGCAUUUGAAAACGGGUGCCUUUAUCCACUUGAGUCAGACGGGAGGAGACAUUUUGUCUGGAUUCCUCAAAUAUGGAUGCCACUCGUUCAUGCCCAAACCAUGCCCCAACAAGGAACAUAUCCACAACGAAACCAUUGUCUCCAUCAAAACGAAACAAUAUUACCACAUUCCUGAUUUCCACCGUCUACCACCCACAACCGAACCCAAUGACUUUUACAUGGUGUCAUUGCGCGAUCCGUUCGAGCGAACCAAGGCGGCAUUUGUUCACGGCCAUCCGGCCAAUGAAAAGGCUCUGGGCGUCCCCGAUCCCAAUUGGGGCAAAAUGUUGGCCCGACCACUCUACAGCAACAACCUGGCCAAAUUGACCAAGUGUUUUGAUACAUUGGAGAACUUUGUCGCCCAUUUGGGAGAUGGCAAUGACGUGCACAAUUACGUGUACAAUGGGGAUGCCAAGAAAUUAUUUCUCCUCCAAAAGAAUUGUACCGACUUUGCCCGCGCUGUCAUGGAUCAUAAAGUCAGACCGUUGGGAAAGCUCUUUUGGAACCUGGAGCACAUUUACGAGCGCAUGGAGGAGGCGUGGAAUGGGACUGUGAUUUUUACCACACGACAAGAGCAUCUCGUCGCCGACUGGGCAUCUACCAAUGAACUACUGGGGGAGACAAUGGAUACCACACAGCUUUGGCCGCCGGAGAUGGGCAGCGCGGACGAAACCACGCUUCCAGUUCCCAAUAAAUUGAGUGAAGAAGGAAGGAUCCAAUUGUGCCGUGCCCUGAGAGGGGAAUACAGGCGAUACAUCCAGGUUCUUCAGGCAUCUGCCAAUCUAAGUCCGCAGGAUGUGGAAGAGAGUCUUGUCCUAGCCAGGAAGAGUUGCGGUGACCAGCUGGAGUUUCUGAACCUCCCUUCCAGCAUUUCCAUAAUGGGCAGUGUUGGCGCAGAUGCGGACGGUGCAUCGAACCAGCGUAGUCUAUCGGAUGACCCUUCUGCCAAAAAGGCGGCGUCCUCAAUUUCUGUUGAUGCCAGCGCAGCUGAUUAUAAGAAUUUGGAGAAUGGUGCCUUCAUUCAUCUGGGAAAGACGGGUGGAAGCACUCUUGCUGGUUUUCUGAGGCAUGGAUGUCAUCAGUUCCUGCCUCAACCAUGUCCCUGGCACACGAUCAUGAACAGUGAGAAUGAGACGAUGGCAUCGGUAAAGACACGAUACUACUUCCAUCUGCCAGACUUCCCCAACCUGGGCAAAGAAGUGCAUGACUUCUACAUUGUCACUCUACGGGACCCGUAUGAAAGGACCAGGUCGGGUUUUGUCUAUGGCCACCCAGCAAAUGAUAGAAUCUUGGGAAUAAAGGACAGGGAGUGGAGGAAGUUGCUGAAGAAGAACCACAAGGGAAACAUGGGCACUCUAACCAAAUGCUUUCCCACCCUGGAGCAGUUUGUGCAGCACUUGGGCGAUGGCAAUGAUGUCCGCAAGUACAGGUAUCCACUGAGUGAUUCUGUCAACGGACUACAUCAGAAGGAUUGCACCAAUUUUGCAAGGGCAGCAAUGAACCAUCGAGUUAGACCCAUGGGUCACUUGUUUUGGAAUCUGGAGCACAUUUAUGAGCACAUGGCACCGAGGGCGUGGAACAACACAGUGAUUUUUGCAACAAGGCAAGAGCAGAUUGUACAGGACUGGGAAUCCCUGAACCACAUGUUGGGGGAGACCAAAGACACUGUUAAGUUGUGGCCAGAGAAGAAAGCUAGAGAUGUUUCCAAGGUGGUUCUUCCCGUUCCGAAUGAAUUGAGUGAAGAAGGGAGAGUCCAGCUCUGCAGGGCCCUGAGAGGGGAGUAUGAGAGAUACAUUGAAUUCCUCAAGGCCUCUGUGAACUUGACACCGAAAGAUGUGGAAGAGAGUCUGGCAACGUCAAGGAAGAAUUGCGGGGAUCAAUUGGAUUUCCUGUGAGACACUGGUUUUGUAGAGGCGUGAAGUCUCCUGCAUAGUCUUUUCCCAUGUAACUUGGCUCUGCAGGAUGUUGAGUGAAAAACACAUGGUCCAGACAUGACCAGCAUGUCCAACUGUAGCUUUUUGUUUCUGUUUGAUAGUUUUGUCAAAGAUAUAACGAGUAUAUAAGCAAUAAAUGGUGUUUGGUUACU